GCUGCAUCACUUCCAUAAUCUGCUAAAUGAAGGGUAAUGCGUCGCUGGUAUCCGUAGUACGUAGUAUUCUCUUGCAGAGCAUCUGGAAUCAACUGCAUUGGUCUGGAAUGCUUCGCCGGAAGUAAUCAGACUGCUACUUACCUCAAGAGUGUCUAUGACGAGGGAUAAUUUUGCGAGCUAGACUAGGUCGUGUGGACAUUCGGAUGCAGGGCAUUAGCAAGUCAGACAUGGCGUGAAAUUUCUUCUGAGCAUCGAUUGGUUAGGGUUUCACACAUUCGGUAUGACUAAGACAGUUGAGUCCCUUGAUUUCCGUCGUUAAAUACGUAGUUCAAGUGGGCAUUCUGCAAGAACUCACGAGAAUCUUUCGCGAAUUAGAGAUUCAUUUAGCGGUAUGGUAGGGCUCUAGCUGAUCAGAUUGCUUUCUCUGGCUGUUUUGAGGGAACUCUAUCAGGAUGAUCUCUAGCACUUAAUAUACUCGUGAUUCAGAAUACUUGCAUAAUAAUUCGACGACCGCGACAAGAAUCGUUUCGCUCGCGCAGUUGGAGAAGGACAGUAACAAUAUUCAAGUUGAGAAUAUUGUUUAGAAGUGUUUAAAGCGGGUGGUUAAUUACAUUAACAAUCGAAAAGUUUCCAAGCGUUGGUAUUCCCCGUCACCUCGAAGCCGAUAUUCUCUAGGUUGAUAGUGAAACUCGCCACGUUCAUCUGGUUGUUAACAGCUAACAUAAAGAAGUCCAUUGUUCGGUAGAAAGCUCCAAGAGAGUUACUGGAUCCCAGCUCACCGUGCGCAAGUUGUGUAUUUUACAUCAGGAAUUUAAUGUACGCGAUCGAUUUCACAGAAAAAGCUAUCGGCUAGGCUUGUUGGUUUGCGUCAAUAUCAUAGCUCUCCGGCAGCUUGGAAUAAGUAGGCUUGUGAGCAGGUGCAGGAUUUUUAUCAAAGAGACGUUAGGCUUCAACGUGCGCCCCGUCCCCAUCUUCUCUGUGCAGAUGCCAUUAGUUUCAAGAGUUGCUUGUCCAUUUCUAUCUGCUGCAGUAGCUGAGGAACCUAGCAUAGUGAUCUGUGGUCCUAGGGCUCCUUGUCUUGUCCAGACAGUAGCACGUCGGUGGGCGCAGCUUGCACAUGAGAACAAGAGGUGCCGCAGCGUUUUGUCUCCUCAGGCUGGACGUCUGACGCACCAACACUCCUUAUCGUCCUUCCAGGGAAUCGUCUAACGACCUUGAUGUGAGUAUCCGUUUUCGCUCUCGCCGAAACACAACUUGGACUCCUUUUCGUAGAGUUUGCAGGAUCUGACUGCAUUAUGAGUCCUGGGUGCGACAACUGCUCACAGCUCUCAGCCUCACCUUGGUAACGCGUCGUCUGAUAUCUUGGAAUUCCAGAGUUGGUUUUCGGCCCACAGCAACUGAGGAGAUCCUAAUUGAGAUCAAAAUUUCAGGAGCAGACAGGAUACUUAAAAUUACAACUAUCAGCUCCGUGUCGGCGACGAAGAACUGGAGUAGGGAUUAUGACUCCCGCGAAUUAAUUUCAACGUGCAACUCACAUAAACCCAAGCCAGUGCAAUGGACUACCCCGAGACUGUGCAACUUUCAACCUCAAGAACUUUUUGGAAUUCUCAUGAUCCAACUCUUGACCCCUUUGACGAAACUCUGGUCUCCACCUUGGCUCCGCUGGAAGCCUCGUGCAGCUCCACGUUCCUUUUCCAAGCGACAAGCUCCACAUGCGACAAUGGAGGCGACAGUCCGGUGUUCAAGAGACCGUAUCAACAGACCAUGUUCGGUGAGAGCCCAGAAGGUGGAGGCGAAUCGAGAGGAACUACAGAGUCGUAUUGUAUCAAUGUUCCAGCUGGUAGUACGGCCGACUCUUCACAGUUUUCGUGGUUUUCAUCUUCACCACACUUCCAUGGCGCUCAAGGGGUUAGUGCUUUUCAGACGCAGUUUUUCGAGAGCUCCACCAGUGCAGACGUUCGAGUUCAGCUCCAUCACCAGGGAGGCGGUCACAGUCAAGACCAAUUCGGAACUCUCAACUCUUCGUCGGCUCAAGCUAGUUCCAUCACCCACAACGCUCAAGAUUUAGGCCAUGGCUCUGAUUACCAGGCAUUCCUAAAACCCCUCAUGCGACAACCGAGUUUCAGCCGCCCGGAUUCUGGCAUCCAAGUGGUGACGAAGCAGCUCAAUGCCAAAGCUUCUUGGCAAUCGACCCUAUUUCAGACGAAAAUGGCUUUCGACCAAAGGAAAAACUCCAACAAAGAGUCUCUUGGCUCACCCUGCAGUGUCAUUUCAGGCAUCACCAAGGUCUUACAAGGGGUGGAGCCCGUCUCUAGCGACCACAUGGAAAGCUUCGGUCCAUCGACAUCUUCAGCUUACGAGGAGGUCAAGAACGUCAAGUUUCAGGAGACGCCUCCUGAGUGUGAAGGAGCUACACAAUCGAUGUUAGGAGCUCAAGAGGCGAGUGGCCUCAUGAACCAUUUGAGGCCGAAAAGGAAGAGGUCGAGAGCGCCGAAACAAGGUGAUGAAGUGGAGAGCCAACGGAUGACACACAUCGCUGUUGAAAGGAACCGCAGAAAGCAGAUGAACGAGCAUUUGGCUGCUCUUCGUGCUCUCAUGCCAGGCUCUUACGUUCAGAAGGGUGAUCAAGCGUCCAUUGUUGGCGGAGCCAUUGAAUUCGUCAAAGAGCUCGAGCAUCUUCUGCACUGUCUGCAAGCACAAAAGCGGCGGCGAGCCUACAAUGACAUUUCAACAGCCGUGAUUCCCACAAGCUCUCGUAUAGCAAUGCCAAGUCUUGAUCAACUGUGCGCCAUUCAGCCUCCUUUCACUUUCCAAAGUCCCCAGCAGAGACUGAUAGAUCAAGGCCCAUUUCAUCUGGGAGUGCCCACAGAAAGUCUCGGCAGCAAUACAAGAAACUCACAACUCGUGGGGUUUUUUCCACCGAGCCAGCUGCCAGCACCACCGAUCCCGCUGCUAGCACCCGCAUCAUCGUCAUUACUGGGCAUGAAUGAGAUUGUGGGGGAGGCGAAGUCGGACAUGGCAAGUGUGGAGGUGAAAAUGGUGGGAUCCGACCAAGCUAUGGUGAAGAUCAUGGCGCCGCGGCGCAGCGGGCAGCUGCUACGCACCGUGGUGGCCCUGGAGAGCUUGGCACUCACCGUCAUGCACACCAACAUCACCACCGUGCACCACACAGUCUUGUACUCGUUCCAUGUGCAAAUCAGUCUCCAUUGCCGCUUAAACGUCGACGAGGUCGCCGCCGCGUUGCACCAAACGUUCAGCUCCCUACACUCUCUGCAAUUCUGAGCAUCACAUCCAUCGAAGGACCCAGAAAUCCACAACAUGAAUAUGAUAACUUGGAAGAGUAUCGUUUGCUGCUGGCAAACUAUUCGUGCUUUACGUGCUUUUGUGACUCCACCCCAGUUGCAAAGAGCAUCGUUGGUAUACGUUUUUAUCAAGGAUAGUCUUUCAAGAGAGGGCCAGAAACAGCCAGCUACUCCAUGUAGUAUGAUCGAUUUAGAUGAGCUUUGAGCUGAACAUAGAUUGAUCGAUCUAGCUGGCAACUGCUGCAAAUGUUGUACGAGACUCUGCCCAGCUCCUUAAGUGGAGCCUAACGUAGGUGUAGUGUGGAGGCAAACGCUUGUGAUUUGUAUGCGGCCGACAACUCUGGAAACGGUCCAUCAAAUAUUAAUUAGCGAAUGUUCCAAAUUAGCAUUUCGCUGCAGUAGUGAAGCAAAUGUCGAAGAGGGGUUUUUCUUUUUUCUUUUUGUUUUUUUUGCUCUAAAAGCUUUGUCAUAGUAUGAAUUGCUUGACUCAAAUGGCAUUCAUCUUUUCCAAGUCGUA